UUGCCAGUCGUUAGGUGGGCGGCUGUGCGGGCACUCAAGCACUGAUUUCUCCCCUAUGUUAAGAAUGGGGACAACAAUGACCUUUAGCGUCGUGGGCGUGGUGUACAUCCUCGUCGCGGGCGUUGCCUCGCUCCCGGGGGGUCCCCUCCCCCCGAUGGACUUCCGGCACUUCGCGGUGUUGGACCAGAGGGGCCAUUUCCACAUGCUCUGGACGCCGGGGGAAAAGGACAUCGUGUUCGAAAUACAGGUCGCGACCCGAGGUUACGUCGGCCUCGGGUUCUCGCCCAACGGAGGCAUGAAGGGCGCGGACAUCGUGCUCGGCUGGGUGGACGCUCAAGGCAACGUCCACGCGCAUGACCGUUACGCCAGCGGUAUGAUGAUUCCUAUCAUAGACGAUUCGCAAGACGUGGAGAUUCUCGGAGGCUACGAGAACGACACACACACCGUGCUGAGGUUCGCGAGGCCCUGGAACACGUGCGAUAAGGAACACGAUUUCCAACUGACAAGCGACACCAUGCGAGUGAUCUGGGCUUACUCGUUCGACGACCCCGUGACCGAGUACGCGAUGACGAAGCACGACCACCGCGGGACCAAGAGCAUCUUCCUGCAGGAGCCCCAGUUCGUCCUCCCGGCCUUCGGCGAUGACGUCUUCACCUGGGAAGUCCGCAUGAAUAAUGUGAGUGUCUCCGGUGAAGUCCACACUGUGUACUGGUGCCAGCUCUUCAAAGCUCCUCCUCUGAGUCGCAAAACUCACGUCAUUGGGUACGAGCCACUCAUAGAUGAGAAGAACCGGGAACACGUCCACCACAUGCUCCUGUACGAGUGCCACUUGCCCGAGAGCGAGAAGCACUACGAGAAGUGGCUCCAGGUCGAGGGGCAGCAGUGCUUCUCGCCCAACAUGCCCUUGUCUUGGGCCAACUGCAGGAGCCCUUUGGUAGGGUGGGCUGUGGGGAGUGAAGGUGAAGUUUUCCCAGACCACGUUGGAUUACCCAUUGGAGAGGAACACGGCGGGGCUACCUACUUCAUGAUGGAAAUGCAUUAUGAUAAUCCCAACUACAAGCAAGGCAUCGUGGACAGCUCCGGCCUCCGCGUGUUCCUGACGGAGAACCUACGAGAGUUCGACGCGGGGGUCCUGAUCCUCGGCCACAUGGUCUCGCCGUCGCACAUCAUUCCGCCGGGGAGGGAGUGGAGGACGGUGGGACACUGCGACGGGAGAUGCGUCGACCAGGCCCUCCCACCUGAAGGCGUCAAGGUGUUCCGAGGGCUUCUCCACGCCCACCUCCUCGGGAGAGACAUCACCCUCAGGCAGAUACGAGAGGGUCGGGAGCUUCCUGUUGUCUUCAAAGACAUGAACUACGACUUCAACUACCAGCAAGGAAGAAUAUUGAAGGAAGAGAUGAGCAUCCUACCUGGCGAUUCCUUCAUUACAGAGUGUGGUUACGACGCCAGACACAAGCGGACACCCACCUUUGUAAGUAUUGUGCUAUGGCGGUUACAGAUAUGCAAAAGUUCCCGGGUGAAUGGCAAAAGUUCCCGGGUGAAUGGCAAAAGUUCCCGGGUGAAUGGGCCAAAGCUCAUCGACGAAGAAGGUGAGAAUGCACUGCUAGAGAAAAUGAUCGAGAAGAAGGAGAAGAACGAGAAGGAAACGGCGAUUGACAUGGACUACGCCAAGAUCUACAAGGACGUGGUGGCAAAAGCUCCUCAAGAUUUGCGAAACGUAUCCCUGUACGACCUGAUCCACGACCCGAAGACCUGGCAGGACGAGAAACUCCUGGCGAAGCUGCAGGAACAGACGGCUUUCGGUCAACACAGGAUGUUCUGCGGGAUGAGAGGAAACAGAGUCUUCGAUGGGUAUCCUCGGUCCUACAAAUACCCCGACUUUUUGGCCAUUAAGUUGUUGGACGAGGAAUGUGACGCCGACCACGGGGCUGAGGCGUAUGUACCUGUCACAAAUGAAGACGAAGGCCGCGAGCAGGAGGGAGAUGUCAGCGCAGACGUCAGCGAAGGCCAACAAGAGGCCGACGGAGGUGCCGGGGCGAGCGAGGCCACUUACCUCGUCCUGGCGGCGGGCCUGGGCUUCGUGGGCCUGUGGCGACUGUAAAUCUGGGCUUCUAAAGGGUUGCAUACGCAUUUAUACAUGUAUGUGUAUAUGUGAGUAUAUAUGUAUACAUAAAUAGAUUAAUAUAUAUGUAUAUAUAUAUAUAUAUAUAUA